AUGAAUUUGUUCGAGGCAAUAGUUCGACUCUUUAUCCUUGAAGACGAUAAUGCCUCGCAUGAGAGCUAUGCCCCAAAUGUGGCACGCCUGGAGAAGAUUUUGGGAGAUAGCUGCUACAAUAUGUGGAUUCGCCUAAAGUUCUAUAGGUCAGAGCAAUCAGUUGGAGGGCGGAGAGGGUUCCAUGCAAGGAAGGAAUUUUUUUCUCAGAUCACUAUGAAAUUCAGAGAGUUGACACCAUCGAGAGGAAGUGCAUUGGUCAUCCUUUCAAUAAUUACUCCAAACUGGAGAACAUCGGUCCUGAUGAUUACUAUUGUCGUUUUCAAUAUAAACCUUCCGCCGGAGAUUUAUCGCCAAAUAGAGUUGAAGUACUGUAAAUGCGAGAUGCCCAUCAAUCCUGAUAAGUUUAUGGUACAAUGCGACGAAUAUGAAGACUCGUACAUAAAUUGCUUUUCUUCUUAUGUUGUCAUAAUGUGA